UUGGCCAAAGGUUGUUCAAGUGAUCUUUUUGCGUUUUGUCGGAGUUGGACUUUUAAGAAGCGUUCACUGGAAUGACGGUGACUUCGAGAAAACAGUAUGUGGUUUCCAGACCUAAGUACUCUGAAGACAGCCUGGCUGAAGACCAUGAGAAAAUCGAGAGGAAACACAAAGCGCUCAUGGUGCAUGUUAAAGAAUACUUGACCAGCUGCGAUGCAAAUCGUGCCAAAAAAGCGCUGGUCUCUGUUCUGCCUGUGAUUGGCUGGAUGAGGACGUACAGAGUCAGAGAGUGGCUGCUGGGUGAUGUGGUGUCUGGGGUCAGCACCGGACUGGUGGCCAUCAUGCAGGGACUGGCCUUCUCCCUGCUGGCGUCGCUGCCUCCCAGCUAUGGACUCUACACGGCUUUCUUCCCAAUGCUGACAUACUUUUUCUUUGGCACUUCAAGGCAUAUAUCUGUAGGCUCCUUCCCUGUGCUGAGCCUCAUGGUGGGAGCCGUGGUGACCCGCCUGGUCCCUGAAGACGGACCGCAUGCUAACAUCACAGAUUUUGAAGGCCUGACCCCGGACCAGAAGCGAGUCCUGGUGGCCUCCUCUGUGACCUUCCUCAUGGGUAUUUUCCAGCUCGCCAUGGGGGUCCUGCAGGUGGGCUUCAUUGUCGUCUACCUUUCAGACACUCUGGUGUCUGGAUUUACCACAGCAGCUGCUGUUCACAUCUUGGUGUCGCAGCUCAAGUUCGUGUUGGGGCUGACUGUUCCAGGAAUCAACGGCCCACUCUCCAUGAUAUAUACCUUGGAAAAGAUCUUUGUCCAGAUCACCUCCACUAACAAAUGUGACCUGGUGAUGUCUAUAGUGAUCAUGGUGGUGGUGUUUAUUGUAAAGGAGGUUAACGACAGAUACAGAGCCAAGCUUCCUGUUCCCAUUCCCAUAGAAGUUAUAAUGACUGUUAUAGCUUGCGGGGUGUCCUAUGGCUUCAACUUUGAGAAGAGGUAUGACGUUGAAGUUGUUGGCACAAUGGUUAGGGGGUAUGAGUCUCCGAUUCUGCCUAGCGUCCAAGUCUUCCAGGAGGGUGCAGUGGAGGCCUUUCCUGUAGCCAUUGUAGGAUUCGCUGUAGCCUUUUCUGUGGCCAAAGUGUACUCUAACAAACAUGAUUACACCAUUGACGGUAACCAGGAGCUUGUUGCAUUUGGGGUUAGCAACAUGUUUGGAGCAACCUUCAGAUCUUUUGCAGCCAGCACGGCCCUUUCCAGGACCGCAGUGCAGGAGAGCUCUGGAGGCAAAACGCAGGUUGCCGGGCUGGUCUCAGCGAUGAUGGCAAUGAUUGUCACAGUGGCCCUUGGCUUCCUGCUGGAGCCACUUCCAAGGUCUGUUCUGGGUGCCUUGGUAAUCGUCAACCUAAAGGGGAUGCUGAUGCAGUUCAGAAAAAUACCGUACCUUUGGAGGAGAGACAAACCAGAAUGUGUGGUGUGGGUCGGGACGUGCCUGGGUGCCAUCCUGCUUGGACUGGAUCUUGGUCUGGCUGUGGGUUUAGGCAUAGAGCUUCUGACUGUCGUCUUCAGGACUCAGUUCCCCCGCUGUUCCAUUUUGGUCAAUCUCCCAGGUACAGACCUGUACAGAGAUCAGAAGGAUUAUCCUCUGGUAUGUGAACCAAAAGGAGUAAAAAUCUUCCGGAUACCUUCGCCCAUCUUCUUUGCCAACAUCGAGUUCUUCAGGAACAAGCUUGUAGAAGCUGUUGGGUUCAACCCUCUCAGAGUUUUACGGAAGAGGAACAAAGUGCUCCGAAAAAUCAAGAAGCUCCUACAGAAACGGGAUCAUGGCAUCACAGAGAAAGGCUUAGAGAAUUUGUUCUGGACUGCAACCGAUGACCCUGAAGUGAACGCGGAGGGUCUGGAGCUGCCGGCCGAUCUGAAGGAGCUUCCAUUCCAGAUGAACUGGAGCGCCGAGCUUCCGCCGGAGUUCAGCGUUCCCACAGUGAACCUCCACAGUCUGAUCUUGGACUUUUCUGCUGUUUCCUUCGUGGACAUUUCUGCGAUGAAAGGACUCAAAAUGGCGCUUAAGGAGUUUACGCGAGUUGACGUGAAUGUUUACAUAGUUUCAUGUGACGCCCUCAUCAUGGAGAAACUGCACAGCUGCAUGUUCUUUGAUGAUGAGAUUCAGACAUCCAUGUUCUUCCCAACUCUACAUGAUGCCGUGCUGGACGUGCUAGAAAAACAUGAAGACAACAGCACUGACAGAGUGCUGAAAGACACCAAGCUGUAGAAGAACAACCUGGAAAAUCAACUCAUGGAAAAACCACCCAGGAAUAGUUCAAGCAGCGUGUUAAUAUUUCAGUCCAGUCACUGACUGUUACUGCUGUACAUUUGGGAUUUCACUGGUCAUUAUAAGUCAUUUCAUUUCAUCUCACAAGUAUUUUUUUUUCUACAAUUCACUGCAAUAAAGUUUGAAUUUUAGGUAUCAGAUGAUACCUGGAAAUAUUUGAA